GCUCCGCGUCGGCCGGCCGGUUUGGUCGGUUGUGGUGGCUUCGCCGCCCCAUCCGCCGUCGCAGCGCUCAUCCGCGCCGGGAGCGCUUGGCUGCGUCGCCCGGCAGCCGCGGGAGCAUUGCCUGAAGACGCAGUCAUGCAGCGCAUCAGCAGCUCUCAGAGCAGCCAGCGCCAUGUCCAGUGGCCUGGGGCCUGCCCUGGUGCGGGCGAGGAGCAACCAGCAUGCUCCCAGCCAUCCCCGCCCCUCACGCUGCCAUCCCCCAGCCACCAACUGCAGCAGCUGAUGGAGAGGGGCCCCGCGGGUGGGCAGAACAUGAAUGUUGACCUGCAGGGCGUGGGCCCUGGGCUUGAGGGAAGCCCACAGGUCACGCUGGCCCCACUGCCGCUCCCCAGUCCCACCUCUCCAGGCUUCCAGUUUGGCGGCGCUCAGCUGUGGCAGUUUGAGCACAGGUCUCCGUGGUGCAUUCAGGUCACGUCCCUGUCCCAGCAGGUCCAGACCCAGAGCCCCACACAGCCCAGCCCUGGGCCAGGGCAGGCCCUGCAGAAUGUGCCUGCAGGUGCCCCUGGCCCUGGGCUGGGCCUCUGCAGCAGCAGCCCUACGGGGGGCUUCGUGGAUGCCAGCGUGCUGGUGAGGCAGAUCAGCUUGAGCCCAUCCAGUGGCGGACACUUUGUGUUUCAGGAUGGGUCAGGACUCACCCAGAUCGCCCAGGGAGCCCAGGUUCAGCUCCAGCACCCGGGUACACCCAUCACAGUCCGAGAGUGGAGACCUUCCCAGCCACACACACAGUCAGGGGGCACCAUCCACCACCUGGGACCCCAGAGCCCUGCAGCCGCGGGUGGGGCUGGCCUACAGCCCCUGGCCAGCCCAAGCCACAUCACCACGGCUAACUUGCCACCACAGAUCAGCAGCAUCAUACAGGGCCAGCUGGUUCAGCAGCAGCAGGUGCUGCAGGGGCCGCCGCUGCCCCGGUCCCUGGGCUUCGAGAGGACGCCCGGCGUGCUGCUCCCUGGGGCUGGGGGCGCAGCGGGGUUUGGGAUGACGUCCCCACCCCCGCCCACCAGCCCUUCCAGGACUGCCGUGCCCCCAGGCCUUUCCAGCCUCCCACUCACGUCUGUGGGGAACGCGGGAAUGAAGAAGGCUCCCAAGAAGUUAGAGGAGAUUCCCCCAGCCUCUCCGGAGAUGGCACAGAUGAGGAAGCAGUGCCUGGACUAUCAUUACCAGGAGAUGCAGGCUCUGAAGGAGGUCUUCAAGGAGUAUUUGAUUGAACUGUUUUUCUUGCAACACUUUCAAGGGAACAUGAUGGAUUUCUUAGCUUUCAAGAAGAAACAUUAUACCCUAUUACAAGCAUAUCUUAGGCAGAAUGAUUUGGACAUUGAAGAGGAGGAGGAGGAGCACUUUGAAGUCAUUAAUGAUGAGGUAAAGGUUGUGGCCAGAAAGCAUGGGCAGCCUGGGACUCCUGUUGCCAUAGCAACCCAGCUAUCCCCGAGGACUUCUGCGGCUUUUCCAGCCCAGCAGCAGCCGCCCCAGCCCCUGGCACCCACCACUGUACUGUCUGUCUCUGCAGAUUGGAAUGCACUUCUCCAGCGACCUAAGAGGAAUGCCCCCCACGCCGCAGGCCGCGCAGCUCGCUGGACAGAGACAGAGGCAGCAGCAGUACGACCCCUCCACGGGGCCUCCCGUGCAGAACGCCGCCAGCUUGCACACCCCACUGCCGCAGCUGCCCCGGAGGCUGCCCCGGCCGGGGUCCGCGCUGCAGCGUCUUUGCAGGUCUCCCAGCAGCAGGCGACAGAGCCACAAGCACAGCUCUCUGUCCAGGGAAGGACCCAGCAGACAAUCGCAGCGCCGCCACUUUUCCUGCCAGGCCAGCUCUGGGCGCCACCAGGCAGGCUGUUUAGCUUGUGCUCCACCUCCCCACAGGGAGCUCCCCAGGCCCGCCAGCCUCCGCCUGCGGCACCAUCCCAGGAGAACCAGGUGCAUCAGCGCAUUGCGGAGCUGAGGAAAGCAGGUCUGUGGUCCCAGAAGCGUCUGCCGAAGCUGCAGGAGGCCCCACGGCCCAAGUCCCACUGGGACUGUCUGCUGGAGGAGAUGCAGUGGAUGUCCACAGACUUUGCCCAGGAGAGGAGGGAGGUGGCCUCUGUGAAGAAGAUGGUCAGAGCUGUGGCCCGGCAGCUGCAGGACAGGACGUGCAGGGAGGCCGGGGCCGGGAGGGAGGAGCCGAGCAGGUGGAGGCACAGCGCCUCUACCACCAGGGAAAUCGAGCGUCCCUGGUCGGGUACUGCGCGGAUAGUAGAAAUUAAGCUGCAAAUUGAAUUUCAAGAGACAAAAAAGACAUUAAAUUUGAAUAAAUAUUCAAAAAGAGGUAACCAACUAAGUUAAUAUUAUGUACUUAUU